UCCCUCCCCCAUGGGUGUGUCCACAGCGGGGAGACCUCCGUCUAUCCACCUGCAGAAGCCGCUUCCCCGCACACUUGAGCGCCGCCGCGCACGGCUGAAGCUCCGCUCCGCCACUCAUCUCCAAGGAACAACUCUUUGUUUUCUAUCCUCCUUUUGUGGACAAUACCCAGUCUGUUGAUGCGAUUUAGAGAUCACUUCAAGUUGAGGCGGCCGCGUCAAGUUGAUUUUAAAUCCAAGCUUUGUUUGGCUCUGGGAUAAUCGUGCGGAUACGCUGGUACUCGCGCGUGCGGCCAGAGGAGCUCAAAGGGAUCUGGGUGGAUGGUUUCUUAAAUGUUGAACAGCUUUAUCACAGUAUUCACUGGACGCAAAUAGAAGCUGCUCCUGGACUCUCCUUCUCCCCUAUUAACAAACAGAGGGACAAUGUUGUGGGACAAACUGUGCUGGCUGCUGGCCCUGCUGGCCCUAUCGUUCGGGGCGCUGCCCCCCUCCAACGAGCCCCUCUCUGCUCCCAGGAUCUUCCUGUCCUUCAAAGAGUUGAAGUCCACCGGCACCGCUCACCACUUCUCCUUUCUGCUGAACUCCACCGACUAUCGGAUCCUUCGCAUGGACGAGGACCACGACCGCAUGUAUGUGGGCAGCAAAGAUUACAUCCUCUCUCUGGAUCUGCACGACAUCAACAAGGAGCCGCUCAUAAUCCACUGGCCUGUCGCCCAGCAGAGGAAGACUGAAUGUGUGCUGUCAGGGAAAGACACCAAUGGUGAAUGUGGAAACUUCAUCCGCCUGAUCGAGCCGUGGAACCGGACCCACCUGUAUGUGUGUGGAACAGGCGCGUACAACCCCAUCUGCACCUACGUGGACCGAGGACGCAGGUCACAGGGCUCCCACUACCUACAGGCAGCCCAAUCUGGAGGGAGAACAAGUCGGGCGGCAGACUACAGUGCUACGUCAGAGCCUUUGGAGGCGAAGGAAUACAUUUUCCGGCUCGAACCUGGUAAAGUGGAUUCUGGGAAAGGAAAAUGUCCUUAUGACCCCAAACUUAACAGUGUCUCUGCUUUGAUCAAUGGAGAGCUGUAUGCAGGAGUCUACAUUGAUUUCAUGGGAACAGACUCGGCAAUCUUCCGUACGCUGGGGAAGCAGACAGCCAUGAGGACUGAUCAGUAUAACUCCAGAUGGUUAAACGAUCCCACAUUCGUCCAUGCACACCUCAUCCCAGACAGCGCUGAGAAGAAUGAUGACAAGCUCUACUUCUUCUUCCGCGAGAAAGCCUCUGAGAUGGGCCAGAGUCCCAUGACCCAGUCCAGGAUAGGGCGGAUCUGCCUGAAUGAUGACGGCGGACACUGCUGUCUGGUCAACAAGUGGAGCACGUUUCUGAAAGCUCGACUCAUCUGCUCGGUGCCCGGAGCUGACGGCAUCGAGACGCACUUUGAUGAACUGAGGGAUGUGUAUAUCCAGCCGACUCAAGACACCAAGAACCCCGUCAUCUACGGAGUCUUCUCCGUUUCAGGGUCUGUGUUUAAAGGCUCGGCGGUGUGCGUCUACUCCAUGGCCGACAUCCGCAUGGUCUUCAACGGGCCUUUCGCCCACAAGGAGGGGCCCAACUACCAGUGGGUGGCAUACACUGGGAAGAUCCCCUACCCACGACCUGGCACUUGUCCUGGAGGCACUUUCACCCCCAACAUGAAAUCCACAAAGGAUUACCCAGACGAGGUGAUCAACUUCAUGAGAAACCACCCCACCAUGUACAAUGCGGUAUACCCAGUGCACAAGCGCCCCCUGGUGGUCAGAACCAACGUGGACUACGAGUUCACCACAAUUGCAGUGGACCAAGUGGCAGCUGCCGAUGGGAGCUACGAGGUGCUCUUCCUGGGCACAGAUCGCGGAUCAGUCCAGAAAGUGAUUGUCCUGCCCAGAGACGACCUGCAGACAGAGGAGCUGGUCUUAGAGGAAGUGGAGGUCUUCAAGGUUCCAACAUCAAUCACCACCAUGAAGAUUUCAUCCAAACGGCAACAACUGUAUGUAGGCUCGGUGUUGGGGGUGACCCACCUGGCCCUCCAUCGCUGUGAUGUGUACGGGGAGGCCUGCGCUGACUGCUGUCUGGCCAGAGACCCGUACUGCGCCUGGGACGGCAAGUCCUGUUCCAGAUACUCAUCCUCACAGAAGAGAUCUGACCCCUCUAGACGGAGCCGUCGGCAGGAUGUGAAGUAUGGAAACCCGAUCCGCCAGUGCAGAGGUUAUAACUCUAACACCAAUAAGAACACUCUGGAGACGGUGCAGUAUGGGGUGGAGGGCAGCACCACGUUCCUGGAGUGCCAGGCCAGGUCUCCUCACAUGUCUCUCAAGUGGCACCUGCAGAAGGAAAACAGCGACAGAAGAAAAGAGAUUCGCUCAGAGGGCCGCACCCUGAAAACAGAACAAGGCCUCCUGAUCCGCUCUCUGCAGUCGUCCGACGGCGGCAUCUACCAGUGCACCUCCACAGAGAAAAACUUCAAGCACACGCUCGUCAAACUGCAGCUCGUGGUGCUUUCCAGUCGCACGGUCAACAACGUGUUGGUGGAGACGGGCAGCCCGGCCCUCCCUCCGCUGCAGUCCAGCACCUGGACUCCCAGCGCCGGUCAGUAUAAGGACCUGCUGACCAUCCUGAGCCAACCGGAGAUGGGCCUGAUUAACCAGUACUGCCAGGAUUACUGGCAGCUCGGAGAGGGCACCCUCGGGGACAACAAAGCCAAAAGCCUGAAGGAGCUGAAAGAGCAGAAGAAGCCUCGCAACCGUCGGCAUCACGAUGAGCAAACGACUCCGGCCGAGACAUGAGGAGCCGGAUUCACACCUUAUCAAACACACCCCCCCAGUCUACCUGUCCACCUUCUCACACCACCUCCUAGGGAAAUGACUCCAGUUUAGAAAAUCAAUGGACAAGACAGACACUGCAACCAAAAGCAACAGCAUCAAACAGUCUCUAUGUAACUGUUGAAAAAAAAAAAAAAUACACAAUAUUUAUUGUAGGUUGUAAAAAGUAAUUCUUUGUACCUAUCUAGAAAACAUGUUUUUUUUUUUUUGUGAAUAGGUAAAUCUGUGCAAAUAUUGUUGUUAUUAUAAUAUUAUUGUUAGUGUUAUUGUUUAUUACGAUGUGUUAUUAUGUUGAGAAUAUCUUUAUGUUUGGUGUUUUUGAGAAACAGCAACAGUAACCCGAGGACAUUGGGAGUCAUCCACACAUGGAUUCACAGACUGUUAAGGUGACCGUGUUGGAUCACUUGACUGCUGGCAGUAUUCAGUGUCUACGCUGGAAGUCGAGUGGAAAUUCUCGACCUCCUCGAACUAAAGCAGACAGCUUCUUUUUCUGUUGUUUUUUUUUUUUUUUUCCCUUCUUUUUUUAACUGCGAGCUGUUGACAGAAUGAUGACGGCAUUUCUUGGGACAUGAACGGAUGGAAAAGAAAUGGCCGCCGUCUGCAGCCGUGACAACGCGUCACGCUCUCGCGCGGUCGCAUGUUGAUGAAAGCAGGCCCCUACAGUGAGACGUCCCUCCUCUCACGCUGUGGUCCAGCCUGACCUCACGUUAACGACGUCGCAUCGCCCGCACCCCAAAUUCUUCCAAAAAUCAGUUGCUGCCAAGUGUUUGUUUCGUUUAUAUGUGAAUAUCACAUCUCAAUGUUGUAUCCUUAACAAACGUGAUCUUUGUGAUAAGCUGUUUUUCGGGGUGGGGGGGUUAAAGGGUGUUCUAACGACACAAAAGCUGAAAAUAUAACAUUGCCUUCUCUUUUCUCUUUUGGAGAUGAGGAAUUCCAGCAGGCAGCUAUAUGUGAGUUUGUGACAGUUUGUGAUAAAUAAAAAAGAUAUUAGAGACAAAGCACCUUCUGUUGCCAAAUUGGUAAAUACUUCACAUGUAUCUGUGGCAUCUGCAGUAUAUUCAUAUAAGGCAGAGCAGCUUGUAUGUUCCAAGCGCUCCAACGUUUGCAUUCCUGCUAGUUUCACGCUCAAUGUCGGUUUCAUUAAUUAGUCUACACAUUAGCUUAGCUUUGAUUGGAAAAUUAACUACUUUAACCAGUGCUGUAUUUUCCGUAUUAGCUGGUUGACAACAGAGCUCUACUGCAGUGCCAUCCUGCCAUCAUACACGCCACAGACUUCAUAUAAACUGUUUAUACUGAGCAGCUUCCGUACAGUGAAAGAAAACUGUCACAAGUACAACCACUAACAAGCCGAUCACCACCAACCCUGAAGAGAAACAUGUACCAAAAUCUUCAGUAAGGUGGCUUUUCAUUGUGCAUGGCAUGUACAGUGUAUGUAUAUGGUAUUUGUCUAAAAAUGCUCUGUUGCUGUGGAUGUCAGUGAAUGUCUUUCUUGUCGUGGGAAUAUGGAAAUACUAUCAGUGCAGGAAAAGAUGUGCUCGAACCUUUUUCAUGGUGGGAAAUGCUGAAAGUACAAGAAGGUCAGAUUGUGAUUUUAUCUCUCUCUCUCUCUCCUCCUCCUCUCCCUCUGUAUCUCUAUCUCUCUCUCUCUCUCUCUCUCUCUCUCUCUCUCUCUCUCUCUCUCUCUCUCUCGUUCUCAAUA